AUGUUGAAGGUCGGCUUCAGCCUCUUGCUGCUCAUCAGCGCCUAUCCACCUGAUGUCUCGGCACUGGUGGCUAACAGUCGGGCUCGUCGGUUCGCCCAGGACGAAGCCUGUGGAUUCCGGGCUUUCUUCUGCUACACGUACACCUGGAUGGCCGCUAAGGGAUUGCCUUUUGAUCCACCAACGACUCUUGAGACAAAGUGUACACCAUGCACAGCUAAGCUCUGCACCACCACCCCUUCCUUCACUCCAAGCGAAUUCCGGGCCCUGAUCGCAUGUGAUCCCGCAAAUUACUUUUGUGAGAAUUUUGCCACCGUGGGUGUCGCCGCACAGCCAACCUGCAUCAAGCCUCUCGCCUUUGCAGUUGAAAUGACCGGCGGAGUGGAGAAGAAACACGUGCUGCUGGCGUUCAACGUCUGCACAAGGGAGAUGUUGGCCAAGGAAACGUGUCCCGUUGACCUGCUG